AUGGAGACGACAGGGCUUCCUGACGGCUUGAUAAGAAACCCUUCUCCUCCGUCGGUGGAACAGAGGAAGAUUGCAUACAAGGAGCUGUUCUUGCUCACUACCCAGAUACUGUGUAUCUUACCCUUUAUAAUCCAUGACAUCAUCAUGACAAUAAUAAGCAAGAUCAUUCCACCACCCAGGAAGUCUUUGACAGGACAAGUGGCUCUGGUUACAGGUGGGGGCCGAGGACUAGGUCGGGGUUUGGCUUUGGGGUUGGCCAAAGAGGGCUGUAAAAUCGCCGUAGUAGACAUCAACAUCAGCAACGCCCGGGGAACUGCUAAUGACAUCAUAGAUGAGGGGGGAAUGGCUAAGGCCUACGAAUGUAACGUGGCCGACCCAGCGGCCAUCAGAGUGCUGAGGGAGGCAGUGACAUCAGACCUGGGUCCUGUAGACAUCCUGGUCAACAACGCCGGUAUCUUGUACGGCGGGGAUCUGCUGGAGAAGUGUGACGAGGCUGACAUCAAAGCUGUCAUUGACGUCAACCUGUUGAGCCACUUUUGGAUGCUUAAAGAGUUUCUCCCCUCAAUGAAAGAGCGUAACAGUGGACAUAUAGUAGCCAUAGCAUCUAUGGCAUCAUUUGUUGGAGAUUCGGCAGGUUCCGCCUAUAUAGCCAGCAAGUUUGGAGUUAGAGCUCCCCCAGCAGGACCUUGUUCUUCAGUACACACCACUAUCUUUACACACACAACAGACCCUCUGAUCAAGUACACUGGCCUACUUAAGCAACAGCAUUCUAUAGGUUUAAUGAAAGUUGUUCAUUCAGAAGUAAAGUUUAAGCACAACAUCAACACAACUACAGUUUACCCGUACUUCAUCAACACAAGCGCCGACUAUGUGAAUGAGUGGAAACUUAGAGUUCCUGCUAUUCCUAUAGAAGAUGUUGUUGGUGCCACCAUUGCAGGGGUACAACGAAACCAAGUUUCAAUCUUUGUUCCUUCAUCGUUCGAAUACUCCGUUAAACUUUUGGACUUACUUCCUGUGCGGUCUCUUGAAAGAAUGAAGAAAGUGGUGGACGUACAGAUAAAGCCUCACAAGAAAGAAAAAAAAUCAUGAUGAGGUUUAUAGGAAGAGAAAAGUAAAAAUGUAACAUAUACUGUACUAAAAUGUGGAUAUUUAAUUUAGUACACUCAAAAAUCUGUCGUUUUAAAAUGACAAUUAGUGUAUUUCGUACCUAGUGCCGAAAAUGAGGUUUUGCUGGCCGUCGAGAACUAAACGAUCGAGAGCCUGCAAAACCAUUUCGGUCCGUGGUACAAACGCUAUUUUCAUCAUACUAUAAACUAUAUUACCAUUAUUCAGGGCAAUAAUAAUGUACACUAACAGUCAACA